AGUGCAUGGGGGGACAUGGGGAGUACGGGCUGGUUCCUCUGUGCCCAGAAGCACUUGGGAAGGGGCUUGUUCCUGUGCCGUGCUUUGAAAGCGGUGACCAAACCCUGUCAGCGUGUUCCUGAGACUGGGCUGCUGCCCCUCGUAUAACCACAAGUAAGUCCCGGGCAAUUAAUGAUCUGCCAGAGGUGCUCCUCGACUCGCGGUCCCGUAGCCAAAUCCUGUGUUACUCAUUAGACCACACAUCCUCUCUCCUCUCUGAGUGGCAUCCGAGCAGGCUGGUCAGGGCACAGGGAGCAAGGCGAUGUCACCUCAUGUUUAUCUAGGGAGAAGUUUCCCACACUCCUUCGUGGCUCUUCUUGUUUUGAUUCAGGGAUUUUGUUUUCCUAAAGAGUUAAAAUAAAUCUCAAAGUGCGACUGCAGCACUUUUUUUUUGAGUGCGGUGUUUGUUGCUGGAUAAUCCUUUGAGGGAAGCAUUAAAAAGCAGCGUGGCAUUUUUGUCAUCAGUCCGGAGUCGGCUGAACAAGGCUGGCCACGGGCUGUAAAUGUGGUGCGGCAUUUAUGCAUGACGGAAAGCGCUUUCCAUCUCUCAGAGCUUGUGACUGCCAUUUCUCUUCCUUCUGGCCAUGAACCGCUGCUCACAGGCUUUCUCUGAUCCAGCGAGACACCGUGGCACUGCCAGAGCCCGACUCUCAUUCUGCUCACUCUGUGCUGCUCCAGAAGCGAGGACAGACAGGGGACACCUUCUGCCCCAUGCUGGCCCCUGAUCUCUGGCCACACCAGGAGGAAAUUUUUCACUGGGAGGGCGGUGAGGCGCUGGCACAGCUGCCCAGAGAAGCUGUGGUGCCCCAUCCCUGGAGGCGCUCAAGGCCAGCAGCGUGGCUGAAAGGGCUGCAGGAGGACUUCCUGUCCGCACCAGAUCAGGUUACACUGCUGUCCUGUUUCCCCUACCACUUAAGUCUGGGAUGUACGUGUUGGGAGCAGAAAUCCAUAGGAGGUAUUGGAGAACAAAUGUGGACCAGAGCUCAAAGAAAGCCCAGCCUAACUAUUGCCACCUCCUCUCCCAGGUCUCCAUCCAGCCUCAUGCGGCACUGGUACCUGAGUGAGCAGGGAGCCCAAGAGCAACACCUGUGUCUGCUUCCAGUAGGGUCACUGGUUGUUGCAGGAAUACAAUCUCUCCAAACACUCGUGCGGCUGCUGUAUUAUUUAACAAGCCUCCUGCUUAGGAAAAACAGCAUAAAAAUGGAGAUGCUGAAAACAGAGGAUCCUGCUGUAGGCUGCUCCAUAAUACCUUCCUGUUCAGUGAAGAUGUGGUAAUGGAUGUUUUCACUGCAGCCUCACUCCACUCGUGGUGACGAGUUCCCGUAUCCUGUACUUUGCUUGUGCUACACUGCAAGCUUGUGCUCAUCCACUUCAAUGUGUGUUCUGUGAGGCAGCUGAUUCCACUUCCUUUAAAGCAUCCAGAGAAGGACCCUCCAGCACUAACAGAUAAGGCACAUGUCUCUUUAUGGCUUAUCCCUUAGAUUUUGAAGCUGAGAAAUCUACUUUUUGCCUGGGGAAAAUAUUAGCCAACAUCACUAGGAGGUUAAAGCCUUUGGUCACAGGUUACGCUAUAGUUGGUAUUACAAACAAUUUUUUUUCAUGCUGUCAAAGAGCAAAUUAGAAAAUAUACUGAUGUUCUUAUAUGUUAUCUCUUACUAUCAUUAACAAAUGAGACUUCGGAAAAGGUUUAGCCAUCAGACUGGUUUUUAUUGCCAUGAUGUGAAAGAUUGGGAUGCAGUGGGACCCAGUGCAAAUCAAUACCCAUUUUGUCUUCUUUCUUUAUGCCCUUUCUGCUUCCUCUGUGAAUGACAGAACUUCGAGGCUUUCAGCUCAAAACCCCCUGGUGGGAUGAGUGACUUGUGAAAGUGGGAUCACGCUGGCUACAAGAAUCCAUGCCGCAGAGCUCAGGACCAUGCAGGCAUCUCACUGUCCAGAAGUUCUGGAUGAAUUCAGCUCCUGACCUUCUCACCUUGGUUUGAAGUGGGAAUUGCUGUAUAGCUUGGUCUCUUACUCUUCUGACCCUCUAUGUUUUAUGCAUCUAGUAAUGUUAUUCCUUAAAAUAAUCUACUCACAGAGUAUGGCAUUUCCUAUAAUCAGAUAAUCUUGAUGGUAUAAAAAAAAUAAAAUGCUAAUAACUAAAACAGCAUCCAAAGAAAGGAUGCCUCAUCCAAAAACAUCUUCAUAAAAGGCAUAUCUUUAAAUCGAGACACCAGUCUAUGUUAUCCACAAAGACCAGUAAUCACAGACUGAAUUGUAAGAGCUUUCUCCAUGUGCGUACUACAAAACUUGGGAGUGAUUUGCCAAACAGAAAAGCAUACAUUGAUCAGGGAAAUAAAAGCUUCACCACUGAUCCUCUGAGAGGUGAUGGCUAUUAGCAGAAAGAAACUCAACACUGAUCUGGAAAGUGCAAUGUGAAGAUGCCACACAACGCCAAAUAUGAGGACAGUGCUGUGUGCUCUCUGCUUCUAUCAGUCGUGUAACGAGAAGGGUGUUUCUACCUGAAGUACAGACACCUGGCUUCCUACUCAAGCACCACAAGCAAUCUCCUCUGGUAACACAAACUGCUUACUUCACCCCAGAGUUAGAGCUCACUGUAGAACCAUCUGGUUUGGAGUUGUCUUGUCACUACCCAUCUUGUGAAAGAUAUUUUCAGGAUGCUAACAACUCCAUCCAAAAAGUUCUUCUGUUUUGUCACCCAUGAUCACAUAUAUUUAGAUGCCAUAUGCCCUGUAUUCUCCUUCUCCGGAAGCUCUGGGUUGAUUUGUGCCAAGAACUGAAUGUAAGAAAUUUGCCUUUUGUGUGUUAUUGUUCAUAGACUCUCACUCAGCCCCUGGGACUGAGGCAUAACGUAUAUGCGUACAUACUUGAAAAUAGAUUGUCUUGGUGUCCCACUCACAAACUGUGAGCCAACCCGCCUCCCCCACUCCUUGAUGGGAGUCAUUUUGCCAUUUGGGGCUUAUGAAGCAAGAUCUUUGCUAACCCUCUUGUUCUCUGAAAUGCUAUAUAUUGUCUUCCCCUUCAUCCCAGCCUACAGGCAGAACCAGCAUGUGAGGAUGUACGAUGCAUGAUUCAAUGUCAUGCAAAAAUUCUGCUGAACUCCUCACAUUCUGCAGCAAUAGUAAUCUUUGUCUGGUCUGCGACCGGAGAAAGCAAGCUCCAAAGCGUGCAAAGCGUGUUUGACCUUACUUUCAAACACCCGUGUGCACACUCAAAGCCCCAGAGAACUCAUUACAUUCACAGUCUAGAAACUGGUGUUUUGUUCUCCGUCCCUGCUCCGUCUGCCUUUGGAUGAAUGCAGCUGAAAAUGUCAGAGAUGCAGCUCCUAUGUAACGUAAGAGGAGGAUUACAGCUUUCCUGACAUCGGAAGGGGGGGUUACAACAAUGCAGCUGACGUAGGAAAGGACAGAUUACAGUGCAUCUGACAUAGUAGGAAUUAUAGAAAAUGUAUUUACAGCGAUGGCUGGAAAAUGAAUUUAAUAUGCUGUUCCAGAGGACAAUAAAGGCGUGUUGCAACAGUU